AUGAUCUCUUCAAUACAAAUUCUGGCAUUUCUGUUUAUCCUGGUCACUCUCGCGGCUGCAGCGGACCUAUACAAAGUUCUAGAUGUGGAUAGGUCUGCGUCGGAACAGGACAUUAAAAAGGCGUACAAGCGACUGAGUCGCAGAUACCAUCCUGAUAAGAACAAGGACCCAGGAGCGGAGGACAAGUUUGUCGAGAUUGCGCAUGCAUAUGAGGUCUUGUCUGACUCUGAGAAACGACAAAUCUAUGACCGCUACGGAGAGGAGGGAUUGAAGGCACAUGAGGACGGCCACCAGGCGUCCAACCCCUUCGACAUGUUCUCGAACUUCUUCGGUCAACGUUCUCAGCAACAGACGCGGAGGGGCCCAACCUCGAUGACGGAGUUUGAGGUACAGCUAUCCGACAUAUACACUGGCGCAAAUAUCGACUUUAUGAUCAAGAAGCAAAUACUGUGCGAUCAUUGUCGUGGCUCAGGUGCCGCCUCUGACGGCGAUAUCCAUACUUGCUCAGGUUGCGGUGGCUCUGGCAUGAAAAUCGUAAAGCAACAGAUUUUCCCUGGCAUGUUCGCCCAAACGCAGACUACAUGUAAUGAAUGUAGUGGGAGGGGGAAAGUCAUCAAGAAGGUCUGCCCGCAUUGUGGCGGGUCGAAAGUCGUGGAUCAUACUGCGCAUUAUACGCUCGAGGUCGAGCCCGGCAUGCCUGAGGGACACCAAGUGGUGUUCGAGGGUGAAGGAGAUGAGAGCCCUGAUUGGGAAGCUGGAGAUGUGGUCUUGAGAGUGAGAAGCCGGAAGGACAGGGGAGGGUGGAGACGGAAAGAGACCAGUCUGUAUUGGAAGGAAACCAUUGGCAUUGACGAGGCCUUGCUUGGAUUUGAUCGCAAUCUCACACAUUUAGACGGACAUGUAGUCAGACUAAGACGUACAGGUGUUACUCAACCUGGGUUCGUACAAAAGAUUGAAGAGGAAGGAAUGCCGAUCCAUGAACAUAGAGGCUCCUUCGGUGACCUUUUUGUGGAGUACAAUGUUGUGCUACCUAUGGAAUUGUCUCCCAAGACAAAAAGAAAACUAAUGGAAGCGUUCGUUGGCAUGGAGGGCUCGUCUCAUCCUUCCGGUGACGAACUAUAG